AUGAACAAUCAGUUAGUCAUGGCAAUCCUCAACCGAAGCAAGAGUGCGGAAGAGGAUAUCGAAGCAAUGCUUGAAAUUGACGUGGAUGAACUCGAGGAGGCAAUGGCUGGACUGGAUAGUUUCAACUUGGAGGAGUUGUUGCGUUUGAUGGGUAUCGAUUCUGAACCCCACGAAGAAAACACAGAAGACGCCCCAACCGAGACUCCAACAGUUCGAAAAGAAGAGACUCCAACAGUCCGAAAACAUGUGGUAGUAUCGGAAAGGCGACCAAGCAAAAAGAGUGACCAGCAUGGGCGCUUCCAGGACGACAUUCUCUGGCGACUCCAGAAGCAGCUGAAAGAAACGAAAGCAGCCUACACGCCAUACACCUAUGGCAGAAAUGGACUUACUGUCGAGGAGCAUGCUGACUAUGAUGACAACGAAAUGAGUUGUAGCAACCUUAGCCUCGGCAUGGAUAGUUCUCGUUACUAG